CCUCAAUCCACCCAUUCGCAUUCAACUGAAAACGAACAACGGACAGCCUCCUCCGCACCUUGCGAACAGGACACCCACAUAUCUUCUCUCUCUCUCUCUGUGCAUACAUCUAGACUCGAACACAAGCAACCCAAAAGAUGCCCCCAACGAAACAAGAACUCUCCCUCUUAAUCAACCCGCUCGUCCCGGAAUCCCUCCAACACAACAACCGAACCCUCACCUCCCUCCACAGCCUCACCUCCUUCCUCCUCGGCCUAACAGCCGGCAUCCUCUCCCUGCAAUCGAUCACCGGGUUCGCGUUCUACGCGGGCGGGACGGUGCUGGUGUCGCUGCUGUUCCACGCACUAUUAUUAUACCGGUCUGGCGGGGUCGGGGCGGGGGUGUAUUUCGCGGGGGCGCAGGGGGAGAUUGAGGGGUUGGAUGGGCGGACUGGGGUGGUGGACAACCGCCACAGGAAAGCUGCUAGUGGGAAAGGAGGGGCGACGGGAACGGUGAUGGUGCGGCGUGCGGCGUGGAGGGAUGUGUGGCUUGGGGGUGGGGUGUUGGGGGAGGCGUUGUCGGGGUUUGUGUUGGGGUGGGCGGGGGUCGGUGGUGUUUUGCGGUAG